GGCAGAAGAGUUUAUAUUUGAAGAUUGUCGAUAUUUGUAUUCCACUCGAACGGGCAGAAAGUACGAGCAUGUUAUUAAUUCUGUGAUACUGAGAUUAUUUUUUUUCGAAAAUGAGGUCUCGUACGAGACGUAUUUGAUAAAUUCUUUUUAUAAAAAAACGAUCCUCUUCGUGGUUGUAUUUUCAAUAUCUUUACGUAAAGACGGUAAUAUAGAGGAGCUCUGUCAGCGAAGGUCCCAUGGUGUAAUGGUUAGCACUCUGGACUUUGAAUCCAGCGAUCCGAGUUCAAAUCUCGGUGGGACCUGACAGAAAUUUUGUUUUUUUUAUUAUUUUCAUAAUUCCUCCUAUAUUUUUUUGCUCAACAAAGAUAAAUGUACUUGCAUUGAAAUCUACAACUCGCACGCGCGUUUCUAUUUAUUUGCGAGUUAGCACUAAUUUAAAGGCAACAUGACAUAACGUUUACGUGGACCACGUGCCGAGAUAUUUUUCGCGAUUUCGAUCGACCGCGAAGGUCGAGGGGAUGGCCGAGCAAAGCGAUUCCGUGGUGGUCAUCAAGGCGAAGCCUGUUCGCAAGGUCUUCAAGGCCCCCACGAGAGCCAGCAAGAUUCCCGAGGAGCUCUUGAACGAUCCUCUAUUGAACUCGGCGAUAGCGGCUCUACCCACGAAUUACAAUUUCGAGAUACACAAGACGGUAUGGAGAAUCAAAGAGGCCAAGGCGAAGCGAGUGGUUCUCCAGAUGCCGGAGGGUCUUCUGAUGUAUGCGACAACCAUAGCUGAUAUCAUCGAGGACUUCACUGAAGCGGAGACCGUUAUUAUGGCCGAUGUCACAUACGGAGCCUGCUGCGUGGAUGAUUAUACGACGCGAGCGUUGGACGCGGACUUCCUGAUCCACUACGGACACUCGUGUCUCAUACCCGUGGAUCAGACCGUUGGUAUCAAAGUGCUUUACGUGUUUGUUAACAUAAAGAUUGACAUUUCGCAUUGCGUGGAUUGCUUGAAAGUGACUCUACCGGUUACCACGAAGAUAGCGCUAGUCAGUACAAUACAGUUUGCCACAAUGGUGCAAGCGGUAGCAGCGGAGCUGAGGAGAGAAGGUUACGAGAUCUCGGUGCCGCAGAGCAAGCCACUUAGCCCUGGAGAGAUUUUAGGAUGUACGGCACCACAAGUCCGCUGCGCCGAUGCGGUGAUGUACAUAGGGGACGGCCGUUUCCACUUGGAAGCCGCCAUGAUUGCCAAUCCUAAGCUGAGGGCGUUCAAGUACGAUCCGUACGCCAAGAAAUUGACCGAGGAGUUUUACGAUCACGAGAGAAUGUUGAGGACCAGGCACGAGGCGAUACAACGUGCUGUAGAAACCGACAAAUAUGCUUUGGUGCUUAGCACCCUGGGCAGGCAGGGCAGUCCUCGUGUACUGAGAACCCUGCAAAAUAGAAUCGAGGCGUUGGGAAAAGAAAACGUCGUGAUAUUGCUGUCGGAGAUAUUCCCGGACAAAAUCAAGCUGUUCAAAGACGUUGACGCUUUUAUACAAAUCGCGUGUCCACGAUUGAGUAUUGACUGGGGUGUCGCGUUCGAGAAACCAUUUCUCACGCCUUACGAAGGCGCCGUCGCUCUCAGGAUGGCGAAUUUCGACAAGGAUCGGCCGUACCCGAUGGAUUUCUACUCUACGAUCAGCCUCGGGCCGUGGACCGCUAAUCACAAGGAGUCUGAAUUAGAAAAACCCGAUGCCUGCUGCGGUAAAUGUAAAAUGGACAAAUAAAGGAAUUGAAUGCGUAA